GACUGCUUCUCGGGGACUUAGCCCCCAACUUUGAGGCCAAUACCACCAUCGGCCGCAUCCGCUUCCACGAUUUCCUGGGAGACUCAUGGGGCAUUCUCUUUUCCCACCCACGGGACUUUACCCCAGUGUGCACCACAGAGCUUGGCAGAGCGGCAAAGCUGGCGCCAGAGUUUGCCAAGAGGAAUGUAAAGUUGAUUGCUCUUUCUAUAGACAGUGUUGAGGACCAUCUUGCCUGGAGCAAGGACAUCAAUGCUUACAAUGGUGAUGAGCCUACAAAUAAGUUGCCAUUUCCGAUCAUCGAUGACAAGAACAGGGACCUUGCCAUCCUUCUGGGCAUGUUGGAUCCAGCAGAGAAGGAUGAUAAGGGCAUGCCUGUGACGGCCCGUGUGGUGUUCAUUUUUGACCCUGACAAGAAACUGAAGCUGUCUAUCCUUUACCCGGCCACCACUGGCAGGAACUUUGAUGAGAUUCUCAGAGUAAUUAAGUCUCUCCAGCUGACAGCAACAAAAAAAGUUGCUACCCCAGUUGACUGGAAGGAGGGUGAUAGCGUCAUGGUCCUUCCCACCAUCCCUGAAGAGGAAGCCAAACAACUUUUCCCUAAAGGAGUCUUCACCAAAGAUCUCCCGUCUGGCAAGAGAUACCUCCGAUAUACCCCACAGCCUUAAGUCUUUGUAGGAGUUGGGGCUGCAGCUGCUCGCUGCAAUGGACCUGAGGAUGCCAGCUGACAGUCAUGUGUCCUUACACAGUUCCAUAGAAAUAUCCUAGUGUGGUCACAGCCAAAAUCGUUAGGUCACUAUACCUCUGGCUCAUUAAAUGGAAAUGGCACCAAAACUUUCUUGGGAUUCUUUACUCUGUGCCUUCUUCAACAGCAUUCUGUCCCUGCAUUCAUCUCAGGGCUCUGCUGACCGGCUUUCUCUGAAAUACAGUCUGUAUUGGAGAAUCAGAUCUUGUUAGGUCCCUGCAGGCUAGAGUGUCAGGUGGUGGUAGGGGAAGCUCACUUGGCUCCGUGGUAGAAUGGUUUUCACAUUUUGUAGCUUUCCUAAUUGAAUUUUCUGUUACCCAUUUUGAAGAAUAUUAAAACGGGGGUGAAAAUUUUCAAUUCUGCAUUUUUAGUAGAUAACAAACUUGGGAACAGCACAGGGAAAGUUCUAACUAUUUUGCUAUAAGAAAUCUGUGGUGAGUUUCUAUCAACUGGAGGCUCAGAAGAGGCUUCCUUUGCCCUGCCAAGAAGGGGGGAGGUGCACCCAAGGGUGUGAGCAAGAUGGCGCUUGUCCCUCCUAGUGUUUCCUGUCAGUCUGCUCUGAUGAUACCUGCAUGUGAACACCAUGUAAUACCAUGUGAUACCAUGUAAAGACAGGUGGUGACAACAUUUUGUCACUAAACUGUCCUAGUAGUAGGUUGCCAUUUUCUGAAUUCUGCUUUUUUGAGGUUCAACAAAUAAAAUCCUUUGUUGAAACUGCAUCA